AUGUUUGUGCUAGCCAUUUGGACCCAGUGCCAAAUCUUCGCUUACACGCAGGCUGCCUAUAUUUCUGAGCCAACCGAGUUCUCGGUGAAUCAUGAUUCAUCAGAUGAGAAGAGUAAAGAGGCUCCCUGUGCGUGCGUGUACCGUACCCUUUUUCUACCGCGAAUUAUCGAGCUGGGAUUUUUAAGCUGA